UCGCUGCAGUCCCGAGCAGCCGCGGCGCCGCCACGCCUGUACCCCCCCACAAGAAGCCCGGGCUUACGACGGCUGAGGGCUCCGUCGGCCCUAACCGAGCUGGGUGCCCGUGGCCGGGGUGACGCCUCCAUUCCUCCCCCCUCAACACCGUCCUCGGUCCUUCGAAGUUGCAUCCUCUCCUCUGCUUAGAGUGCGCCCCCCCUCGCGCACUCGCUUACUCGCCACCUUUCCUAAGCUCCCCUCCUGCCCCCUCCCCGCUCCUCGCCUCAGACUCCCUCCCCCUCACGUCCGCCCUCUGCCUUCGCCUACCCAAGUGGAUUAAUUAUACGCUUUCUGUUUCUCUCCGUGCUGUCCUCUCCCGCUGUGAGCCUACCCGCCUCUCGCUGUCCUCUCUCCCUCUCUCCCUCUCUGUGGUCCCCCCCUUUCACGUUCACUCUGUCUCUCUUACUAUCUCUGCCCCCCAACUAUCCUUGAUACAACAGCUGACCUCAUUUCCCGAUACCUUUCCCCCCCGAAAGUACAAUAUCUGGCCCGCCCCAGCCCUAAGAUACCCUAAAGAAGCAGAAGAGACGCCCCCCAUCCCCACCAAAAAAGCCAUCUCCCCGUUCUGUCCCGUCGCACAUUCGGCUCUGCGACUCGGCCAGAGCGGCGCUGGCAGAGGAGUGCCCGGCAGAAGGGCCUUCGCCCGCUGUUCGGUUUGCAUACCCGCAGCAGGGAGAUGGGCGGCAGCGUCGCCGGCUUCCAGGUACCAAUGGGGAUCCCAGUGGGGAAGUCGAUGUUGGUGCUUCUCAUCUCUUUGGCCUUCGCCUUGUGCUGCAUCGCUGCUUACCGCCCCAGAGAGACUCUGUGCGGAGGGGAGCUUGUUGACACGCUUCAGUUUGUCUGUUCGGACCGCGGCUUCUACUUCAGCAGGCCUUCAAGCCGUGCCAACCGUCGCAGCCGUGGCAUCGUGGAAGAGUGCUGCUUCCGCAGCUGCGACCUGGCCCUUCUGGAGACUUACUGUGCCACCCCCGCCAAGUCCGAGAGGGACGUGUCUACCUCUCAGGCCGUACUUCCGGACGACUUCCCCAGAUACCCCGUGGGCAAGUUCUUCCAAUAUGACACCUGGAGACAGUCCGCGGGACGCCUGCGCAGAGGCCUGCCUGCCCUCCUGCGUGCCCGCCGGGGUCGCAUGCUUGCCAAAGAGCUCGAAGCGUUCAGAGAGGCCAAACGUCACCGUCCCCUGAUCGUGUUACCACCCAGAGACCCCGCCCACGGGGGAGCCUCUUCGGAGAUGUCCAGCAACCAUCAGUGAACCAAAUUAUGUGGUAAUUCUGCAAUGUAGUACCAUCAAUCUGUGCCCUCCUCUUGAGCAGGGACAGUUCCAUCACGUCCCACACUAAGAUCUCUCUGCUCCACUUCCCGCCCCAGGUUUCUCCCUACCUACCCCCAUGCCCCGCCUCCCCACAUCAGGCUGCUCCCCUUGCCCCACACCAUCGGGCAAGGGGAUUUCAGCAACUCUUCAAAAACAAAUUUGAUUGGCUCUAAACAACCCAAUUGACAACCCCCCAAAUUAUAUAUACAAAUUAAAAAAAAAACUUUAAAACAUACAGUCCCUUUAAAACAAAUUGGCUUUUAAGAAACUCCACAAA